ACAGGAGUGCAAAGAGUGACUCAGGUAAGCAGGAGUGCUCCUGAUGAGAGAGCACCCUUGAUAGAAGGAAGCAGCGUGGCGGAGUGAGAGAUACUGGAGGAGGAGCUAUAGAACUGGGAUUUUUGAGGAGGAAGAAAACAGGAGUCACACAGAAACUGAAAAUCUGGAUUCCCAGGGUGGGCAUAAAAGGGAGAAAUAGAAAGGGAUACAAGCAAGAUGGAUGUGGAGUUAUGCAAGCCCUGAUUGGAUAAAUCUGACAGACUAGAAGGUGCUGUGAGAUGUUUGCCGUCCGGAUCACCUGAACUCAUCUGGGGACAUAACUUAUGACAGGGACCAGCCAGAAGUGAUCCUCCCCUGGGAGAACCUGUGGACAUAAGAGAUUUUUUCUCCGGGAUCUCCCUGAAGAGGUGGCGAUCAGGUGGCUCACCUGUGCAAUGAGGGUCCUGUGUGUGUGCCUGGCCUGAGCCGACCCGCCCCAGAGGCUCCAUCAGCCUGUCCCCUCCUCUUUCCCGCAAUUGGAUGUCUUGAUGUAUUGCUGUGGGCUGGGACACUGGCGGAGAGUGCAGUCCACCCAUGGAGAGCGUCAGGACUUGGACGCGGUCGAGGAAAGGAACGCCCAGGUGCAGCUGGAGAAGGCCAAGUACAAGCCUGUGGCAUUCGCAGUACGUUGCAACUUCUCUUAUACGCCAGCAGACGAUGACAACGUUCCCUUACCGGGCCAGGCCGUCACCUUCGAGGCCAGAGACUUCCUCCAUAUCAAAGAGAAAUGUAACAAUGAGUGGUGGAUCGGACGGCCGGUGAAGGAGGAUGGUGUGGUGGGCUUCAUCCCUAGUCCUGUCAAUCUGGAAACCAUUCUCAUCAAAAGAGAAGUCCAGGCGAGGAAAGCUGCCAAGGCCUUAGCCAACAAAGCCGCGUCUCAAGUAGCUCAAGAUAUGAACUCAAAGAAAUAUACUCCUCCAUCACAAGCCAAUCAACAGGUGAAAAAGAAACCGGGGGAGCAGGUGGCUAUGUAUGAUGUAGUGCCUACAAUGCGUCCUGUGGUUUUAAUGGGACCAUCACUAAAGGGUUUAGAGGUUACAGAUAUGAUGCAAAAAGCACUAUUUGACUAUUUAAAACAUCGAUUUGAAGGCAGAAUUACGAUUACACGGGUAACAGCAGACAUCUCUCUGGCGAAACGGUCCAUCCUCAACAACCCUGGCAAAAAGGCCUUAAUGGACCGGUCGAACACCCGCUCCAACUUAGAUGCUGCCGCCCAGAUCCAAGGGGAGGUGGAGCGUAUCUUUGAGCUCGCCCGCAGCAUGCAGCUGGUGAUUCUAGAUGCAGACACAAUCAACCACCCGCUUCAGGUGUCCAAGACCUCCCUGGCACCCAUCCUUGUCUAUGUCAAGAUCUCAUCACCAAAGGUGUUGACAAGACUGAUCAAGACUAGAGGGAAGUCACAGACCAAGCAUCUUAAUGUUCAGAUGGUGGCUGCAGACAAGCUUGCCCAAUGCCCAACGGAAAUGUUUGAUGUCAUCUUAGAUGAGAACCAGCUAUCUGAUGCCUGUGAGCACAUUGCUGAUUAUCUGGAGUCUUACUGGAGAGCCACUCAUCCACCAGAGAUGGAGCCUCCCAACGCAAUGGUGGCCCAGCUGGCCGAGAAUACACUGCCCACCAGUCCUUCAGCAAUACCGGAUGGGCAGAAAAACAAGAAGUCAGUUGCCCCCAAGAGGAAGGGUUCCCAAGAGAACCAUUUAAACCAGGAGCAACCUUUAGCCCCAGCACAGGAGCAGAGGGCUGAUGAGGGCCAAAAAAAGGAGGAAGAACAGCUACCAAGGACUGAACCAAAGAGACCCCAGCACACCCACCACCAUCACCACCGCCGGAUGGAGCAUCACAGCCAUAGCCAGCACAACCAAACAUCCGGUGGCAUGGAAGUACGGUCGAGCAGGGAUUAUAGCCAAAGGCUUCCCCGCAGACGCCUGCCUGAUGAGAGGGAGGAAGAGGUGGAGGAUGUGGAGGAGGACGAGGAGGAGACACGCUAUAACCACCGAGGCCAUAACCACCACCAUCAUAACAGCAACCACCACCAUCACCAUCACCACCAACACCAACAACAGCUGCACUUCGGGAACAGCCAGAAACACGUUAAGGAAGACUGUGAGCAAGAGCACAAUGAACGUAACCGUCAGCACAGGCAUCACCAGCAUAUUCCUCCACGGACACACCAAGCAGGUCACUAUCCUGCACACAAUCAUCACAACUACCACGGCAGAGGCAGGGACAGGGACAGGGACAGGGACAGGGUCAAGGACAUGGAUAGAGAAAGACACAAGGACAGGGAAAGAGACAGAGAGAGAGAUCGAGGUAGAGGCAGAGGUAGAGAUAGAAACAGAGAUGCACGACAAUUGCACAGGGAUUCCUAUAUACACUAGUGACAGAUGUUUCUUCUGUGGGUUGGUGCAUGGUUUUCUUCUGCUCAAGUUAUAAUGCACUAAUGGACAGGACAGAGUGUGUCAUCUUUGUAGAAGUGUUACUCUUCAUAUUGUUCGACUUUUUUUGUACGCUCUGCCACUCACAAACAUUGUCCUUUUGUUUCUGUUUUUUUUGUACUAGUUCUUAUUUUCUGUUCAUCUAGUUCAUGUAGCUCUGUCUGUGUGUAUUUUUGCACAAACAUUAGACAAGAUUAUUGCAACGGUUUGCUCAUGCAGCAUGUAUUUUUGAUUUUGCAUUGGUCAUGCAAAAUGUACAGAAGCCAAGAACAGUCGAGGUUGCAAUAAUUUCAUUUUAUCAAUGAAAUUACUUUUCUUGUUAUCUUUGGUUUAUUUUAUUGUGAUAACCAUAAAAUUAGACAGAGUUGGGUAAAAUAAGAUAAACUUUAUUGUUCCACAAUGUGGAAAAAGGUUGUUUGCCAUGCUGCUUCAAUUACCAUAACAAACAUACAUAGUGUAUCUUCAAAAGCCAACAAUUUAUUUUAAACAUUGGUAAGGAAAGUCAAACUAUUUUUCUAUGUGAUUAAAGGGAAGUCAUACUUUGCUUCCUACUUUUCUAAAUGGUGUUCAAGCAUAUUUAUUGACUUGCAUUUGAUCUGUCUGGAAGCAUGACAUACUGUACAUAUCUUUUAGUGACAUUGACCUGUGCUAUAUGCUGGAUACUCUAUGCAUCUUCUUGUGAUAAAAUAUAUUGCUUGAAUAAAA